AAUAAUAUAAAUAGUAAUAUUUAUAGUAUAUUUCCAAUAAUGGCAGUCAGUGAAUUUCGGAACGCAGUCUUAUAUAGUCAAGUCAAAAAGCCACAUGUUUGUAGUUGCGCGCACCGCGUACCGUCAACCGUCAGCUGUGUACCGCCCUGUUUUUGAGAGACCGAGCAGCCGAGCACGCACACGAGAAAUUCUACAUGCGUUUUGAAUAUCGCAUGAUUUGUCCGCAGCAGCACGCAGAAUAUCGAGCUGUCCAGAAAGCUUCAACAAACGCUUCGGUGAAUCCAAUCGCCGAAACAGUCGUAUCGGAACGUGGGGUAAAAGAGUCGGUAUAAAGCUGAACGGAGCAGUCGUCCACCGCAGCGAGCCAACAUGCAGGAAUCUCAGCCGAAAAAGGGCAAAAAAGCUAGGAGAAAGCGCAAUGAUAGUGACGAAGACAUUGAACAAGUAUUGGCAGAGUUGGCACUGGAAUAUUCUGGAGAGAAAUCAGUUAAUGACAAUAAAGUUGAAAACAAGUUGGAAUCAAACGAGCAACAGAUUGAUGAUGAAGAUAAAAAGAAAAAAGGGAAAACGGAUAAGAAGAAGGAAAAGGCUGAAAAAGAUGACAUUAAAGAUGAAGCUACAGACAAUAAUAUAAUAGCAUCAUUAGACGAUACUGAUAUGGACAUUGAAGUUACUACUGUAAAAACAGCAGCGCAAAAGAAAAAGGAGAAGAAAGAAAGGGAGAAGCAAAAGAAAUUGGCUCAAAAAAAAAUAGAAGUCACUAAGGAAACUAACAAGCAGGCAGAGAAUGGUGAAACAAUCAAAGCUACAGUCUUUGAUGAGAAAACAAAUGAUAAAGUGGUAUCUGAAAAGAAACAGGAUACUGUGGAAGCCGAUGGUGAUAUUGUUGAACCAGAAGAUGGUUCAAAGAAGAAAAAGAAAAAAGUUAAGGAAGAAACUAAAGAAAAAGGCAAAGGUCCUGGAAAGAAAACUAUUGCUGCUAUGCAGGAGGCUUUAAGGAAAUUAAAAGAAGAGGAAGAGAGAUUAAAGCGCGAGGAAGAGGAAAGGAUACGGCAAGAGGAAUUACGGGAGCAAGCUAGGCAAGAACAAUUGCGACUUGAACAAGAGCGUAAAGAAAAGAAGAAAUUGAAAGAAAAACAGCGGAAAGAGAGGCUGAAAGCAGAAGGAAAGUUUUUGACUACAAAACAAAAGCAGGACAGAGCUAGAGCACAAGCGAUGAUUGAAGCACUUAAAGCUCAGGGUCUGGAUUUGCCAGAUGUAGGAGAAAAAAAGCCUAGACCAGGAACUCGAAUCAGGCCAAACAAAAUGAAACAACAAGGUAGUGUGGAGAAAAAAGAGGAAGAGAAAAUUGAAACAUCAGCGGCUCAAGUGCAAGUAGAAAUUGUAGAUGAACUGGUAAAGGAAAUAAAGGAGGAGAAGAAGGAAGAAGAUGAUGUCAAGGAUUCAUGGGAUGCCGACACCACUGAAGAUGAACAGGAAGAUGAAGAUAAAUCGGACAAUAUUCUCAAGACAUCCGAAACAGCGGCAGAAGCUGUUCAAAAAGUGUCUACUAUUACUGAAUCAGAAAAGAAAGAAUCCUCCGAAAGUGAAAUAGAAAGCGAAAGUGGGAGUGAAUCUGAAUCUGAAGAAGAUAGUGAACAAGACAGUGAGGUGGAGGAUAGAGUGCCAGAUGCUGCACGUAAAAAGGAACGUGCAAGAGAACGAAUUCAAAAUCGUCGUAUAGAAGCUGAAAAGAAGAAAUCUUUAGAUAAUCUGAGAGCUGCCGUAGUCUGCGUUUUAGGCCAUGUAGAUACUGGCAAAACCAAGAUUCUGGAUAAACUCAGGAGAACGAAUGUACAGGAUGGAGAAGCUGGUGGUAUAACUCAACAAAUCGGUGCUACUAAUGUACCGAUUGAAGCUAUCCAAGAUUCGACAAAGCAUGUAAAAGGCUUUGCUGACAAGAAAUUUAAAAUUCCUGGUCUCUUGAUCAUAGAUACACCUGGUCACGAAUCAUUUAGUAACCUCAGGAGCAGAGGAUCUUCUCUUUGCGAUAUAGCAAUUUUAGUUGUAGAUAUUAUGCAUGGGUUGGAACCGCAAACUAUAGAGAGUAUCAAUUUAUUGAAAGUAAAAAAAUGUCCUUUUGUUGUUGCCCUUAAUAAAAUUGAUAGGUUAUACGAUUGGCAAACUAUGAGUCGUAAGGAUGUUCAAGAUAUAGUGAAGAAUCAAGCACCUAAUACUCAGCGAGAAUUCGAAAAGCGGUCAAAGGACGUAAUUGUGCAGUUUGCUGAACAAGGUCUCAAUGCGGCAUUGUAUUAUGAGAAUCCAGAUCCUAGGAAUUAUGUAUCUUUAGUUCCUACCAGUGCUAUAACAGGCGAAGGCAUGGGUAAUCUGUUGGCAUUAAUAGUUGAUGCCUGUCAGGGUCCUCUGGCUAAGAGAUUGAUGUACAGUGAAGAACUUCAGGCUACCGUAUUGGAGGUCAAAGCAUUGCCUGGACUCGGCACUACGAUAGAUUGUAUUCUAGUCAAUGGAAUGUUAAAAGAAGGCGAUACAGUCAUUAUCGCUGGUACGGAUGGGCCUAUUGUAACGCAAAUUCGCUCGCUUCUUAUGCCGCAACCGUUAAAAGAAUUAAGAGUUAAGAGUGCGUAUAUCGAACAUCGCGAAGUCAAAGCAGCUCAAGGAGUGAAAAUUGCCGCAAAGGAUUUAGAGAAAGCCAUUGCUGGAUUGAAUUUGCAAGUUGCACAAAAACCAGAUGAAGUGGAUGUAUUAAAAGAAGAAAUAGCAAAGGAAUUAUCUAGUGCUCUUGGAAAUAUACGGUUAGCUGAACGAGGAGUUUACGUCCAGGCGUCAACUUUGGGAGCCCUUGAAGCAUUGCUAGAUUUUUUGAAGACCAGUAAAAUACCGUACUCCGGAAUUCGUAUCGGGCCGGUCGUCAAGAAAGAUGUCAUGAAAGCUUCCAUCAUGCUGGAACAUGAUAGCCAGUGAGUCCAUUUGGAAUACACCGUCU